CAUCAGCUCGAUGAUGAGUGUCAGUCUACGAUGGCUCGAUAGGAGGGUAAAAUAUCAUCGUCUUUACCAUGCUCGGAAAUAAGCGUUUAGGAUGCCUAAUUAUCUUUGAGUAAGCCAAUCUGCAAAGGCGGAUUUGUUAACACAAUACAGAAUUGGCCAGACCGUGAAAAUUGCACCAAUUAGUGUUCGUGGUUAAAGCCCUUGUUAUCAAUAGCGAGUGAUCAAUCUCACGCUAACAAACAAUGAAUCACAGAGUCCUCUUCAUGGAUGGAUCACAUAUCUUGCUCAUCUUGCUGAUUAUCUCAUCGAUAGCAGCCGAGGAAGAGUUGCUGUUCAGAAGACAGUACACUGAUUUGAACUGGACUUGGCUCACGACCUUUCGCUUUGCAGACGGCGCCGGGUUGCGCUCCCUAGUACUCAAAGUCUGGUUCUCAUCAUAUCCACAGUGGCGCCGAGACUCUUCCACCCAGGAGUACACAACAUGUGACCUUCAGCAGACGCUGACCAACAGCACAGACAGCUGGCUCAUAUCCGACUACAUUCCAUUGCAGCCUGCUGUCGCGGUCACCCUGUGGCUAACCUUUACGGUUCGCGAAUGUCCGAGCAGUCUUCCUCACUGCAGGCAACAUUUCGCUGUGUAUACCCGCCACUCGGCUGGCCAAAUAUCCGAGGGCGUGUCUAAGGUUGACAUCCAGUCGGGGAAUUUCACAUUAAUAGGGAACGCCACCGCAAGCGCAGUGUGGGCCCCAGGCCAACCGCGCGUUCAUAACAGUGUCAGCAUGACUUUCCCAGCGGGAAAUGCGGGUGUGUAUAUUGGCUUUCAGGAUGUUGGCGCAUGCGUGGCUGUGAGGGAGGUUCGAAUGACGUAUCAAUACUGUAGUGAGGUCGUGGCGAGUGAUGGUGCCGUUUUCAAUCGCACUGUGGCACCCCUCCCCGGGACAGUAGCGCAGGUCAGCGGUAUCUGCCAAGGGAUGACACAACCCUUUUCAAAUAGUUCGACGCAUGCGCAGUGUCUGAGCGAUGGACGCUGGAAUAUUAGUGCGGAGGUCACGUGUCAGUGCCAGGCUGGAUAUCAGCCCGUGUCUAGGUUGUGUGAAGCAUGCCCUUCAGGGAUGUUCAAGGCUGAAUCGGGAAACACGCCAUGCAAACAAUGCCCGGAUAACUCUUCCCCAAACGAUACACGGGAUGCCUGUGUGUGCAAUCCGGGAUAUUACCGAAUGCUAAGUGAGCCACGUGACGGGAAAUGCACAACCACCCCGUCAGCCCCAAGAGACCUCAUUUCGGUCUCAAUUCAACCGGAUACCCUGCUGCUAUCAUGGAAGCCACCGCUGGAAGAUGGCGGCCGUAGUGACCUUACUUACAUAAUCACAUGUAGACGCUGUCACAAUGGCAACGAUUCUGAUGUUUGUGAUUUGGACUGUGAAAGAAGCAUAGCAUUUACACCCAUAGCCAAUCAAAGUGUGUAUACACACGUGACCAUAUCAGGCUUGAGCCCAGGCUCUCGAUAUGUGCUGAGAGUGUCCUCGCGGAACGGAGUGACCAGCUUCGCUGACGGCUCCGCAAUUCGGUUUAUCGAGGUCAAUGUAACACUACCGAUACGAGAAGCCCUCAAAGUACGCACAACCUACGUCAUGGGAAACAUGGCUGUGCUCUCAUGGUCCUCUCUAAACGUGACACUGUUGUCAACAGUCUGUAAGAAAUGUGACACCAUGGACUAUGAUUGCGUGACUUGUAACGCAACCUGUGGCGACACAUUUAUGAUUAAGGCAAAGGACAGUGUUCUCAUAGCAACAGGGCUUGAGGAGAAGACUAAAUAUCAUUUGGCGUUUGAGGUUAUCGAGACGCAAAGUAACAGAAGUAGUAACGCAACUGUAUGUGUGACCACCGCAGAUCGCGUGAAUGGAGAGGGUGAUAGCAAGCCUAAAGGUGCUGGAGAGGCAAACAAGGAGAACAUUGUUACCACAUCCUCGAUACUUGUACUGGCUCUGUCUAGCGGGCUUCUACUCUGCUCUGGGAUUAUGCUUAUUGUCACAUUACACUUGCGACGACGUUGGUACAAAAGGGCUAAGGACCACAGGGAGCCAGAGUCGCAGGACGGGGAAAGUUACGGAGUAGAAAAUAUUCUAUACAUGGAAGAGAGGUACAUGAACUCCAAGCCGGAAAACGAUGCAAGGAACGCCACAGCAACUAACGUCCGACUCAAAAGACAGCAAAACAAUAACGAACAUCCAAGUUAAUAAGACUGAUUCAUUAGCCUCUGUGCUAUACGGAUACACCGAUUUAAAACUGGGUUGCACCCGAGAAUUCUUGUUGUCCUUGCCUGAUGGUUAACGUAUAAAUGGCUGGAUUCUGGUCUUUGAAAACCACGUAAAUGUUAACAGGCACAAAAACAAUAGUACACCUUUACAAACCUGGGUUUAUUUCUCAUUUGAUACCAACAAGGCACUGCGGGUUACGUCACAUGGAUUCUCCGAAUGCGUUAUUUGAAAUACGUGUAUACCCAGGUCAACCAGUAUAUUUCAACAAACUUAGAGACUGGUGAGCAUAAUCUUUGGGACCUCUGGUUUACUGUGUGGUACUGGUUUCAGAUUCCUUAGCCCAAUCGUUAUGAAGGGCUAUUUAUAUAUGCUAUUUCCAAGAACGUCUGGAGCUUUUUUUUCGAAAAUAGUCAACCUCAAACGGCGUCAACAACAGGAACAUCAAACUGGAGAUCAAAAUCAACCGAUACUCUUUUUUGAUAAGAACGUCUAAUUUUCAGUUGAGGAUGCACCGUUCUUAUUUUUUAAGCAUUUUUUAAAAUGCUGAAAAUGUUCUUAAAUUCAAUGCAUAAAAAAUAAUACUCAAUGAAUCAUAAGAAAAGAAUAACACACAUGAUCUAUGAACACAAUUAGAUUCUGCAUUUUGGAACGCAUCACAUUUUGACAAAUUUAGGUAUAUAUACUUUACGGCCAGACUUUCCGGAGGCCCUUUCGUACUAUAACCCAUUACCCCUGGCCACACACACACAAAAAACAACAGUAAUGACAGCAAAAUGGCCUUCAAGGGAUGAACAUUGUGUUUCGAGGCCAUAGAAAUGGACCUGGAGGAGCAUAAUAAACAUCUCUGCUUCUUAA